UCAGCCUUGCCGCAUGCGCCAUGCAGCCCCUUCACCUCCUCCUCUUUCUCCCGAUCCUCCUCCCUGGGAUGUGGGCAGACCCAGAGGCAGAGCCACAGAUUAUCCAGUACCUCCUGACUAGCCUCUUUGCCAACAUCAGCUCUGCUGAGAUGUUGGGUGUGGCACUCAUAGGGGACAUACCCAUCUUAACACUGCAUCCGGCCAACUGGAGCAUCCACUUCCACUGGCCCUGGGUCAGCCAGGCUGCAGCUGAAGGUGACGGGGAAAAGAUAAUGUCCCAGUACAAAAUCUUUCUGCGCAAUAUGAUCCGAUUUGUGCACGACACAGUUCAUCAGACAGAACAGCACUACCCAUUGGUGGUCCAGUUACGUGCAGGCUGUGUGGUGUACCCCAAUACGACAGGCCAGAGCUUCCUGAAUGUCAGCUGGGAUGGCAGAGACCUUGUAGCUUUUGAGGUAGAUAAACAGCACUGGGAGGCCCAGCAGCCAACCCAGGUGGCAGAGCUGGUCAGCAAGAGCCUCAACAAGCAGAAGUCUGUCAAAGUACUUCUGGAGCACCUUCUCUCCAUCUGGGUGUGCCAGAGCAACUUCCUCAGCAUGAAGAGGUAUGGGAGGGAAAUUCUGGAGAGACAAGAGCUGCCUGUGGCCACGGUCUUUGCCCGCACCCCCAGCCUAGACCAGCUGCUGCUCGUUUGCCACGUCACUGGCUUCUACCCCCGUCCCAUCAGCGUGGCCUGGCUGCGGGAUGGCCAGGAGGUGCCUCCGGGCCCGGCACUCAACACCAGCACCAUCCUGCCCAACGCUGACCUCACCUACCAGCUCCGCAGUGUCUUGGCCGUGGCCCCCCGUGAUGGGCACAGCUAUGUCUGCCGUGUGCGCCACCGCAGCCUGGGCACCCGCAGCCUUCUCAUCCCAUGGGUCGCCCUCUUCCCUCCCUGUCCCAGAAAACCGCAGGGCAGCUGCAACCAUCAGCAUUACCAUUGUGGUGCUGCUUCUUGUGGCCACAGCCUCUGCUGGGGGAUUUUGGUGGUGGAAGCACAGGAAGGGUAAUGAGGCUGCCUGGGAGACCGAGGAAUUCAUCAUUUGAGACCAGGGUGCCCACACAGCAACAACUGCUUGCUCUCCCUUCUUACUUCAUGUCCCGCUCUUGACCCAUCAGCAGCAACAUGGUUUUGGAAAACCACCACAUUAAAGAGCUACAAAUUUCCCCUGA